AUGCGUAACACACUCAUCUUUGCUGGCAGCUCAUGCCCGAAGCUCACCGAUCAAAUAUGUACAAACUUGGGGAUGGCUUCGGCUCCAGUCGAACUUACUCAGUUCGCAAAUGGAGAGACAAGCGUUAAGAUCAUGACCAGCAUUCGAGAGAAAGAUGUAUUCGUCGUUCAGUCGGGUAGCUCUAAGAUUAAUGACAGUAUCAUGGAGCUUCUCAUCAUGAUCUCGGCUUGCAAAGGUGGAUCGGCAAACAAAAUCACAGCGGUCUUGCCAUACUUUCCAUAUAGUAGACAGUCGAAAAAGAAAUCCCAUCGAGGAGCCAUUACUGCUCGUAUGCUCGCCAAUCUUUUACAUGUUGCAGGAAUCAAUCACGUCAUUACUGUCGAUCUCCAUGCUUCACAAAUGCAAGGCUUUUUCAAAUGUCCUGUCGAUAAUCUCCACGCGGAACCGUUGAUAGCACGUUGGAUUCGACGCAAUGUUCCAGAAUGGAAAGAGUCUGUUUGUGUUUCGAAGAAUGCUGGUGGCACAAAAAGAGUAACAUCUCUAGCAGAUGCACUGAAGCUCAAUUUCGGAAUGGUCACAACUGACAAAAGACGGACGCCUGUGAAUUUGUCAAUGAGCAUGAUCAUGAGUCGCCUUGAUGACUCCACUGGCAAAGAUAUCGAUUCAGACGCCAGUAAGUUACAUAUUGGCGCGUUCCCACCAGUGGAGGAGACUGCAGAAGAACCGAAACAAAACGGAGCAGAAACAGAACCGACUGCUACAGCUUUACCCAAUGGUGAUUCACCUCCACGACAAACAAGAGCACGUCAAGACAGCCACACUUCUCCACCACGCGUCUCCAAUAUGCCAUCAGCCAUCAGACCCGGGCAUAGAAGUUCUGCUGGGGCACCUUCACCUCUAACGCGAGCACACACUACCCCACCACCAAGAUCUGCUCCUGUCGAUGAAGCUAUUGAAGCACAAUAUACAGAUGAGCGUGCUCGAGAGGUCACCCAUGGUCGAUUAGUCCAAGGUCACAUUGUUUCAGAUGACUAUCCGUCACCUACACAGUCCGCCAUGUCAUCUUCAUUGAUUCUCGAACGCCCUGAGGAUGAUCCCGUGUCGAUCUCUAUGGCAUCUUCAAUCUUUAACACUGAGCCACAUGCACUUGGGGGAACAGCAGAUGCUGCUGGAGAUGCAUCAGAUGAAGAAGAGGAAGGGUUCAAAGACCCAGGCCUCGAACAGAUGAUCACAUUAGUGGGAGAUGUUCGAAAUCGUACCGUUUUCAUCGUCGACGACAUGAUUGAUAAAGCGGGUAGCUGGAUUGCCGCAGCCGAAACAGUGGUCAAACGUGGUGGUGCCAAAAAGGUCUAUUGUAUUGCUACACACGGCCUUUUUGGAGGAGAUGCCCUUGAAGAACUUCAAAAGUGCGACUGUAUCGAUGUGAUAGUCGUUACUAACUCAUUCCCUAUUCCUCAAGAGAAAGCAAAAGAUGCAAAUAAGUUGCAAAUCUUAGAUUUAUCAAAGUUGCUCUCGGAAGCUAUCAGAAGGAACCAUUAUGGAGAAUCUAUCUCUGCUCUUUUUACACAUUCUAGCGAUUAG